AAGAUUCCAAAUAAAAUUAAAUUUUUUGCGUGGGGAGUGUGCUCUAAUGCUCCACCAACGACGGACAAUCUCUUGCAAAGAAGAGUUGAUGUGGUUGGACAGUAUGGGGUGUGCCAAAUUGUAGACGAAUCGCUUAUUCAUUGCCCCUGGGCUAUUGCGGUGUGGCGCUCACUUCACUGGUUGCAGUGGCUCAGUUGGAUAUCUCUGACCCAAGAGAGUGAUUUCGUGAGGCCCAUCGAAUUCUUACUUCUGAAGACUAAUCCCUCUUUCUUAUCCUGUGUUAGCUUGUAUGGAGAAAUAGGAAUAUCAGGAUCUUUGAGGAUGUGUUGCAUGAUCCUUCAGAAGUGA